AUGGCGUACCGUAAUACCAGACGCAAGUUAGAUGAUUAUGCCGCCGCAGAUGCCUGGAUGAGAUACGACGAAACUCUCCCUCUUUCUCUGUCAUACCCCAUUCAGUUCUUCGUCCGUAUGUUUUCCGGAGGCAAAACAUUGGUUCUUCAAGCUGAUUCCUCAGACUCAGUUGCAUCAGUUCACCGGAAAAUCCAGUCGAUCACAGGAAUUCGAUCAAUUCAAUCGACCUCAGGUGUACCACGAAUGGAACAGCGAUUAAUCUACCGAGGGAAACAGCUUCAGUUGCAACAAAGGUUAUCCGAAUGUGGUGUACAAAACGAUGACACUCUACAACUCGUUGGAAGAAUGAGAAGCACGCGCCAUCCUCACACGUGGAAGCUGAUGAAUGACUUAAAUUCACUUAUUAAUGACCUCUGCAAUUGCGAUGACAACACGGAUGUUAAUGCUAAUGUCACCUGUAUGAUGAAGAUGCUUACAGAUUUUCUCAUAAUGACCCCAAAGGAUGGCGCAGAUGGAUCCGAGCAAUAUCUACAAAUAUUUAUUCACUCCUCUGUUCCUGCAGCACUGGUAAAACUUUAUGUAUCUCCUUCUCUAACUACCAAACAAGCGGCUCGUGAAUGUAUUUGUCAAUUUAUUGAUUCAUUUAAGACACUUUUCGCCAGUCCUGUAUAUAAGCAGUUUUCUCCUAUAUUGUUCGAGUUUUGUAAGAUUUUAAGAGGGGCUGUGAGUGUUGACGAUGCUUUAUAUAUAUUUUGCCGGAGUAGUUUAGCUUCAAUGAUGGAGUGGUAUGUAUGUGAUGUCAAGUGUGUGCCAAGAUUGCAGGAUGUUUUUCCUUUUUUUCGUGAGUUGGCAACAAGGUUAUCACGUGCUUUAGAAUUGAGUGUGCAAUCAGCUGAGUUUAUACCGUUAUCGGACAGUGAUGUGUGUGAGUUUAUUAAGUUUAUGCACCCCGUGAAGUGUGCAAUAUGGCGUCCAGAAGCAUUUGGCAGUCCGGUCAGUUUCCGUUCCUUGAUGCAACGGGAAACAGGAAAUGAAUGUUUUGAGAUUGAAGGUGUGCAUCGUGUUUUUUGUGACUUGCUGGAAAAAUUGGAGUUGUGUCUAAAGAAACUGGGUUUGAUAAACGAAGAAAGAGGUGAGGCUAUUGUAAGCUGUUGGUCUCAAUAUCUUUUAAUCCUAAAGGAGUUAGAAAGCAUUUCAAAGUUGUACAAGGGUAUGGAGGAAAUGUUUUGGGAGAAGAUAAGGCAAAGAAGAGUUGAAUUGUGCUUUCUGAUAGUUAGACUAUCAAAAAAGUCUACGGAUUAUCAGUGGAUUCUUGAGCACAAGGAGGUAACAAAUUUUAAGAUAAGGCAGCAGUUUGCCUUGAAGAUGCUUCAAGAAGGGAGGCACAAGAAUGAGAAGUUGUACGAGAUGCUCAUUUGCAGGUCUCGUUUGUUUGAACAAUCAUUUGAGUACAUUGGACGUGCAAGUCCUAAGUCGCUGCAAGGCCAGUUAUUUAUUCAGUUUGAGAAUGAAGAAGCCACCGGGCCUGGUGUGUUGAGGGAGUGGUUUUCCUUGGUAUGUGAAGCAAUUUUCAACCCUCAGAAUGCUCUAUUUGUUUCAUGCCCAAAUGACGGGAGAAGGUUUUUCCCAAAUCCAGCGUCUAAAGUGGAUCCCUUGCACCUUGAGUAUUUUACUUUCUCCGGCAGGAUGAUUGCGUUGGCCUUGUUGCAUAGAGUACAAAUAAGCAUUGCGUUUGAUCGUGUGUUCUUUUUGCAAUUAGCCGGGGAGGAUAUUUCGUUUGAAGACAUUAGGGAUGCAGAUCCCUACUUGUACAGUGGCUGCAAGAAGAUACUGGAGAUGGAUACGAAUACGGUGGAUGAAGAUGUCCUAGGCCUAACAUUUGUUUGUGAAGAUGAAGAAUUGGGAUCCAGGAAAGUGGUGGAGCUUUGCCCUGAUGGGAAAAAUACGUUAGUUAACAGUGAGAAUAGGGAUAACUAUGUUAAUCUUCUUGUUAAACACCGUUUUGUCACAUCAAUUGCUCAGCAGGUAGCCCAUUUUGCUCAAGGUUUUGCUGACAUAAUUACUGACCAGCAGCUCCGGAAAUCCUUUUACCAGAUAUUAGAUCAUGAAGACCUUAACAGGAUGCUUCAUGGGAGUAAAACUGUUGUUUCUGUAAAAGACUGGAAAGAACAUACGAAUUACAACGGCUACAAAAUAGAUGAUCCUCAAAUAUCCUGGUUCUGGGAGAUAGUUGGAAGUAUGUCGGCUGAGCAGAGAAAUGUGCUUCUCUUCUUCUGGACUUCGAUCAAGUCUCUGCCUGUUGAGGGCUUUGGUGGUCUAGAUUCGAAACUUCACAUCUACCGAACUUCAGUCUCUCAUGAUUGCUUGCCUUCCUCGCGCACAUGCUUUUACUACCUGUGUUUUCCUCCUUAUCCGUCUAUGGAUGUCAUGCAAAAUCGUCUUAACAUAAUCACUCAAAAUUAUGUUGGUUGCAGCUUUGGUGCACAGUGA